UCAGUUCUGCUUCUGACGUCGGAGAGGGAGGGUGUGCGUCUCCCCUCUCCCGACCUAUCCGCCCACAUAUAUCGCUAAUUCUUCAUCACUGGAAUACGUUUCUUGGAAUCUGGGAAUGGAAAAAAUACCCUAGAUUCCGAAUUUGGGGUCGGAUUCCCGAAAUUCUGGGCGGAUCUUCGGAUUUUUGCGUUUUUUUGAGAAUUUUUCAGAAUCUCAAAAAAAAUCUUUCAGAAGAGCCUCAAAAUUCGCCAAAAAAGAGAAAAAAAGAAAUAAUUGAAAACAUUUGUGAAAAAAAUUAAAAACUGACCUUGAUACAAAAAAAAAAGUUCGGAAAAGUUUAAAAAGUGUCCAAAAAUUACUCUCCAAAAAAGUGAGAGAGAGAAAGUGAGAGAGAGAGAGUGAGAGAGAGAGAGAGAGAGAUUGAAAAGAAAACAACAACACAUAACAUCACCAAACAACAACCCAAAAAACUCCACCAAAAUGCCACACCAACAUCACAAAACCACCACCUAACACACACACACACACACACACAACCACACAACCACACAACCACACAACCUCCCAGUUCGAGCCCGGCACACGAUGCACCGCUCCGAACACCUGCCCAAGGAUUCACAACGUACGAAGCGAACCAGUCACCUCAACCGCAACGAAUCUCUACGAAGUGACAAGUCUGAGCGGAAGGUGUCAUUCAACAAGGCCGUCGGGGUUAAGCAUAUUCCCAAGGGACUGAAGAAGGCUCCUCGACCAUACCCCGAAUCUAGCGAGAGGAGAAUUUUCAACGGAAAUUACACCCCAGUCGUACACGAACCUGUUUCCUUGGAUUCUAAACAGCUGAUCGAGGUGGCUGAGGAUCUGGUAAGGGUUGUGGACACUGUGGACUGCGGUUCGACCCCCACUGGUCCGUAUUUCUCCUUAGAACGACCAGGGAGAGGGAGACAUCACGGUACCGAGGCACGAAAUAGCCGACAUCAGGAUUACGCCAACAUUGUCGUCAACCCCACCCGCAGUCGUGCUCAGAACAACAUCAGUAACGACCUGAGGCGGAAUAACAGUAGUAGUAGUACUCUUAACAAUAGUGGUCGUAGGUUUGAUACGACGCCUACUACGACUGGUACGACGACUACGACCAUCCCUAACAACUACUACCAGAGUAACCCUAACAAGCAGAACUAUAACGUUAGGACGACCAGGAAUCAGAUUCAGAAGAAAACCGACGUCAACCGGUUUCAGAAGUCGUCCAAACCGUUACGACCACAUCCCAACUCCACCUCCAAUCCGUCACUGGCCGCCCACUACGACCACCAGACCGAGGAUACCAACCCAGGGCCGCUCGACCACUACGACCAGCGCCACCUCCACAAGUCCGUCCCGGAUCUGCGGUCUACGACUUAUCUGAACCGGGACUACGACCACCGGGACUACGACCGCCGGGAGUACGACCAGGAUCCAGAGCGGUACGAGAAGCACUACGACCGGGGAGUGAACCAGUACGACCAGGGUCCGGAUUUCCACCGAGGGAGCUACGACCACCCUCACGACCACGCCAAGAUGUCCUCCUACGACCAACGGGAGCAGCAGAGGAAGGUGGAGCGUAUCAUCCAGAAAUUCAACCAGGAAUCGACCUUCUUCGGCACGACCCCAGUGGUUGAACCGAACGACCAGCUGAGCCAUAACAACAACCAGCCGUUCAGCUACACCCGGGGUCGUUCUCCCGUGAGGAACGACUCCGGCUAUACCCAAGUUCAACGGAAGCGGUACUCCGACGACUACACGCAUCGGCGAUGGUCCCACGACGACUACAACGACCGUAAACCCGAUCUGAACGAGUAUCACGACCGGAAACACGACGACUACGACGACGACUACGACCGGAGGCGGGGUUCGAACGAGUAUCUUGACCGUAAGCACGACCUCAACGACUACUCCGCCAAGAUCAUCAUCACCGACGAGCGGAAAUACGACUACGACGACGACCACGCCUACGAGUCGUACCAGAUCCCGCACGACCUCCACGACAAGACGAACUCCCACGACCUCAACAUCAACAUGGCGUCUGUGGGAGUCCAAACCGACCAGGGUGCGAACCGGGGUCGUACGAGGUCGAGGAACACGCCCAGGCAGCCAUUCGACCACCACGCGCCAUCGCCGAGAGGUCGUAGCUAUGAGACCACGACUCGUACGACCAGGAUGAAGCCGCGGAACGAUCUCCACGACCAUGCUACGACUCAAAACCUCACGUCGGCGACCCUGGUACGACAACUCAACCAUAACUUCGGACGCUCGGAUAGGUCGCCGUCCCCGCCACCACGACUACCCACGACCACGUCACGACCCCGCUACGACGUUGUUCCGCUGCUGUCCGAUGCUUCUGACCCUGAGACCGACAUUGAACGACCCCGUGACCCCUUGGCAAGGAUUCGUACCCAGGUCAGGGCACGGGAACGCCAGCAGGAGGAGGAAGAGGAGGAGGAGAGUCGGGAUAUGCCAUUACGACCACGUCCCGAUAUACGACGGUCGCCGCCAAGUUACGACGGGCAGAUGACACCCUUGACGAUUGACGAGGUUGACGCUCUCAGCUUAGUCAUGGAAGGGAACAAGAAGUCGUUAGUCGUCGCCACGGAGUCGUCGAAGGCCCACACGACUUCCACGACCAAACAUACGACCACUCACCGAACUAGAGAGGUGGAACGGACCAAUCAGAGACCGCGCACGCCUGAAUCGACGACCAGGAAAACACGAACGCCUGAACCAGUAGCCAACAGGAGGUCGCGAACGCCGGAUACGACCUCCCACGACCAGCGCCGACGCAGUACGACCCCGCGCCGACAGCCGGACGACCCCAAGAAGAAGAAGAAGGAGGAGGAGGAGGAGGAGAAGAAAGUGGAGAAGAAGAAGAAGAGGAAGAUAAAGAUCAAAUUCUUCUACGACAAACCGGAGAACGACCUUAAAAACGACCCUUUGGAGAACUUCGAGGAGUUUAAAGGCGAGAACUACGACGAGGAACCGGAAGAGGGGAAGAAGAAGAAGAAGAAGAAGAAGAAGGAGAAGGAGGAGAAGAAGAAGAAGCCGAAGAAGAUUAAGAAGAAGAAGGAGGUUAAGGAGAAGAAAACUCGAUCUUGGAAUAUUUUGCGCAGACUCAAACGCCAGACGCCAAAUGUAAACAAACCGACAACCACCAUCGCCACCGCCGAGCCGAGCUAUCCCACUCCUGGCACCAGUGUGUUGGCAGACUCCGCCCCCCCUUCCGGCCCCCCCACCUCCCUCCCCCCCUCCAUCCCCCCCUCCCCUCGGUCUAUAGCAAGCAGUAGACCGCGAGUGAGGGCUGGGAGAGUGAGAAAGCAGAGAGGUACGACUUCUUCUACGACCCACUACGCAUCUUCCUCCCUGGGACGACCACGAGGGAGAGAGAAGGUCAAGAACAACAACAACUACAGCAACAACAACAACAACAACAACAAUCUGCGUUUCUCGACUCUCCAACAACAAUCUCGAAGUCGUCGGAGUAGUGGUAGUGUGUCCUCCUCGCCCACGCCACGACCCUCUAAACCCAAACAACCACCCCCACAACAACCACAACAGCAGCAGAAGAAGAAGCCCAGAUACUUCGGGGACACGGACAUUGAAACCGACCAGCCAAAACCGACUUCCACUACGACGACCGCUACCCCGACGGCCACGAUCACUUCCCGACCGCCGCCACAGUACCCCGGGGACUACCGCAGCCUGCCCUCCCGACGCAUCCACCGCCGAAGGUCCCCACACAGCAGCAGCCAGCACAACAGCUCCGAGAGUGAGGUUGACAGUCACGCGUCGAAGGCUUCAAGGGUGUCAACUGGGUCGAAUCGGUCAGUGUAUCUGCAUGCAACAGCCGUGGCAGACAUCCCAGUGAGAGGCGGUAGCCGGCAGACAGACAGACAGUCGGACAGACAGACAGACAGACAGACGAAGAAGGUGACCCGCUCCUUCUCUCUCCUGUCACCGUGGAAGCCGAGACACUACAGGGAGAGAUACGAGCUUGACUACGAGAGGAAGACCCAGCUGCCCCCCCGCCCCCCCCGCCGGCCCCCGCAACAACAAGAACAGCAACAACAACAACAACAACAACAACCACAGAAGGGCUCCAAGUUGUCCACUUGGCUCAGGAAGAAGAACAAGGAGGCAAAGGGGAUUUAGAGAGAGAGAGAGAGAGAGAGAGA